AUGGACAUCGACUGUGACGGAGCAAAUAACAGUGCGGGUGGCUGUGCCAACGAUCCGUCUGGCCAGGGACAGACGGCUUUUAUGGACACUGUGAGCCAGUAUGGCAUCUCAGAUCUCGACGCGAACAUCCAUCCCUAUGUGGUGUUUGGCAAUUCGGGCAGUUCGCCAAGUUUUGAUCCCCAGCAGUACGGUAUGGAGCCGCUGAGUGUGAUGGCAGUGGUUUGCAACAAUCAAUUGUUCUAUGGCGUCUGGGGCGAUACUAAUGGGGGCAUCGCCACUGGUGAAGCUUCCAUUUCGCUAGCGAAACUGUGCUUCCCCAACGACGGCAUUACUGGUGACAACGGUCAUGGGGAGCACAAUGUACUCUAUAUUGGUUUCGUCGGCCAGGACGCUGUUCCCGGGGCCAAUGCGGCUUGGCAGGCGGGCGACACCAACACCUUUGAGGGGAGCAUUAAAGAAUUAGGAGAUCGCCUUGUGGCAAGGCUCAGUGGCUAA